AUAUCGGCCUUUGAUAAAGAUAUUGGAAGAAAUACAAGACAGGUUUCAUGGACCUCAGUAUUGGAAUAAAAGAAGUAUUAUGAUGACAUCUGGCGCACAAGAAGGAUUAUCCAAGGCCGUGGACAUGUGCAUGCGUUGCAACGACUCAGUGAUUAUGCCUGAUCCUGUAUAUACAGGAGCCGUUGACUUGUUCAGACCAUAUGAUGCUGAGAUCAUACCGAUUGUACAAGAUUCUUGUGGUAUAGUCGUGGAAGAAAUUGAGAAAGUUUUAGCUAAAAGAAAAAGAAAAAUGAUGCCGAUACCCAAAAUGAUUUAUGUGAACCCUACUGCAUCGAACCCUGCCGGAACUACAUUACCCACUCAUAGAAAACGUGAAAUUUACCGAUUAGCUUGUGAAUAUAAUAUGCUCAUUCUUGAAGACGAUCCAUAUUACUACUUACAUUUCGAAAAAGAAAAUCCUGUGAGUUUUUUGUCUAUGGACACGGAGGGUCGUGUGCUUCGAUUCGAUUCGUUUUCAAAAAUCAUGAGCUCUGGUUUACGUGUUGGCUUCGUAACCGGACCCAUAACGUUACUGCGUAGAAUGGAGCUACACAUGCAAACAUCAUCGAUGCACACUUCAUCAUUAUCACAAGUACUUUUAUACAAGCUCCUAUCACAUUGGGGCAAAGAUGGCUUAAUUUCUCAUUUCAUGCAUGUCAAAAACUUUUACAAGCAAAAGUUGGAUUACAUGAUGUGUGCGAUUAAUAAACAUCUUCAUGGAUUAGCUGAAUGGUACACUCCAAAUGGUGGCAUGUUUCUGUGGUUGAAAAUAAUUGGACUGAACGAUGCCAAAAAACUAGUAACUGAUAGAUGUUUGGAUAAAUUAAUAAUUUUAGCUCCUGGAUAUGCGUUAUCAGCCAAUGCUGAAAACCCAAGUCCCUACAUUCGAAUUUCAUAUUCCAUUGCAUCGCCAGAAGAAGUUGAUCGGGGAAUAUUAUUACUGGCAGAAGCCAUACGAGAAGAAUUGUUGGAGAAUAUCUGCUUAUAAUAUGAUCAACGCACGUAACAAUAACAUCAUAAAUCAUACUUAUCAAUUAUCGAUUAUCAUUUCCUAAUAAGGAUCUGUGUGAAUUUUUAUUUGAUUGUAUAAUAAUAUUUUAAGUGAUAAAAUAUCACAUUUUUUAAUUUUUAAGUUUUGAUUGUAUUCUUUAAUUUUACCUAUAAUACUUAUUUAUAAUUACCUAGUAAUAAAAUUAAUAUUUUUAUGAAAA